GCACAAACAUGCCAGAAAAGCAUAUUAAGAGCAGUCUUUUAUACAUGUACUAUCUUUAUGCUACCAUUGGACAUUCAAUUUUCACUUCAUAAGUUCAGUUCAAUGAACUUGAUUAAAGUGCAAUUGAUCUGCAUUUAAAUAAGCAAAACAUAUGAAACUUUAAGCAGUUGUUUACCUAGAUUGUCCUUAGAUAUUCCUCAAAUAUUGGGUAUACAUUUGAAUAAGCAGUAUCGAAGAAUACGGCACAACAUAAUCAUAUGGACAGACCAUUGUAGGCUACAACAAGGCACAGCUGAGUUGCCAACAAUAAACUAAAUUCAGUUAACAAUGUUUCCAAUGGAGAUUGGAUUAAUAUAAUAAUCAUGAUACAGAAUGUCAUGUCACAGAAAGGAAAAAAGAGAUAACCAGGCAAGUGUUAUGUUCCACUACUUUUUAGAGCUCAAUCAGCUUGGCUUUACAGAUGACCCCAAUGAGGCCUUUGCUUGAAGCAAUGUCAAGUUAGUGACGUAUAGCUAGGACAAUUAUGUAUUAACACUCUGGCAAUACCACAGACAUUGAGUAAUUAUCAUCAUGCUAUGAAACUUAAGGCUUGUAGAAUUUGAAUUUUUCGACUUUGAAUUCCAUUUUAUUUGUGUACUGUUAUUUUGAUAUAUUGCAGGAUUUGGCACAUUGGGCUUGGGGAAUGAGAUGGGCAACAAUAACACAUCUGAACAAGACAACUCUGCAGUGGAAGCUGGUGAAGAAGUGUUACAUGGAGCAGGUGCUAAUGCAGAUGGUGUGGAAGGAGAAAAGCAAGUGAUUUAUUUAGCUGAAGACAAAGACUUUCAUGAAAAAGUUAAUGGGUUGGUUUCUGAUGUUCAAUCAGGAGCAGAAGAAGCAAAUGUUUUGUAUCAGACAUCCAACCAAAGCGAAUCUUCUGAAGUUGAAACUGUAUCAAACGAAGUAGGUGAAGGGGACACUAAACUAACCUGUUUGUCCAAAGAAGUGGAAAAUCAUGAGAAGCAGAAAGAGUUCGAUUCAGUGGGAAAUCUGUUUGGAGAAAAUAAUCAUCAGCCUGAGAAGCAGACUACUAUUGAGAAAGAGGAAGAGAGAGCAAGAAUUACCACUUUUGCAGCAAUAUCUGCAACACUUGAUGCAGAACCUCGAGAAUCUUUAGACACAAAGCCUGAUCAACGCGAAUUGGUUGACAGUCAUGAUAAUUCAUGUGUCGAAGAUGAUAAUGAAGCAGUAUCAAGCACUGGUUCGGAGAGUUCCCACCCUUUGGUUACUGAUCAUUCAAACUAUCUUGAAGGUGAUGGUGUAUCCAAUACCAAGUUGAGUAAUUCAUCGUCGGUACCCCAAAAGGAACAGGUGUCUAGUGAAGAAAAGUGUGUGGAAGGAGUAGAUGAUGAUGGGAAUGAUAUGAAAGCAGAAAAGAGUGGCAUUGAAAAAAAAUGCAAUGGAGAUUUUUUUACUGAAAUGAAUUUAGAAGCUGUUCUAUUGGAUAAGCCAUUUAACUGCCAUCAAGAAGUUUCUGCACCUGAGGACAAAUGCAUUACAUUCACUGAAGAAGGCACAACGAUAGCAAAAUUUUCAGGAAAUGAGAGUAAAAAUAAUGAUCAGAACCCAAAUCAGCUAUACGAGGAAGCAACAGAAUCUACAAUUAGCAAGGAACAAGCAGCUCAACCUGAAUUGAAUGCAAUCGGGCUUAAGUAUGAAAAUGAGGAACAUUCUAAUCUGGAAUGUCAGAAUGAAGAGGCAAAGAUUCCUGAGAAUGGUUAUCCAAAUGAUGUGAUGCUUGCAGCAGAAUUAACUUACAAAUCAAAUGAGACGGAAGCGGUUCAAGAAAUAGACGACAAAACAGAAGCCUUGUUUUCCAUCAAAGAUGAUACCAAAGCAAGGGAAAUGGAAAACCAAUGUCCAUUUCUGCCACUUUCUCCUGAAAAUGGAGAAGCUUUUGUCUUGGAUACUCCUGUUUCAGUAUAUACUCCACAUCAUAUGCAUGACAUUGUAUUGGAAUCUGAAACUGUCAAAAGCAGCAUUGAAUCUUCUCAUGUCUCCACAGUACAAUCUCAAGAUCACCAAGAGGACACCCUUAUACAAUCUUGGUGUGGCCAAGGUGGGAGUGAAGCUCUCCUUGCAGAGGCUCCUGCUGAAUCAUUGCAGUCUCAAGAUCAACAUGACACUUCAAUGGGGUCUGAAGUAGUUCAUAGCAGCAAUGAACAAUUCCUCCCUCAAGCUCCAACACAAGAACAGGAAAAUGUAAUGGCAGAUGAAACUAGAUCAAACGGCAAUGAUUCUAACAUAGACUUGAAGCAAAAGAGUGGUGGUAAUCACUUUACUACCAAAGCACUAUUGAUUAAUUCAGCAGACUUAAUUGAAGAAAUUUUGGGUUCUGAAGUUAAAUUUGUUAAAGACCAAAUUGGGAAGGAAAUGUCAAAGGAUAUUGCAAUAGCUCCAAAGACGUUGCUAGAGGCUAAAACUUCAGAAAAUCAGUCCAGUGAGCAAAAUGCAAUAGUUGAGACACCUGCCUUUGCAGAGAAUGGUUUUAAGGCUCAAGAAGGACCAAGAAGGUUCAGCACUGAAUCAAAGCCUGAUGACCUGGCUGUUCCUGCUCAUAUACAAAAAUCUCCAAGCUUUAAUUUUGAUAUCAGACUUGCAGCAAAAACUGAAGAAUCGGAUCAAACUCCACUGCUUUAUCACGAUAAAAGAAACUCUGUCAGACUCCUAAAACCAACAGCACAUUCUGGAUAUAGCCAAGACUCACUGCGGUAUCAAGCAAUGCCUGUGGAAGAGAAAGUCAUUACAUUGGACAGAAGUGAUUCUAAUAAGUCAAGAACUCCAUUUCUUGGCUUUGAGAAAGAAGAAGAAGAAGCAGAAGCCAAUAUUGCUGUCACAGCCACUGCAAAGAAGGCAACAAAAGUUGCUUCAACUUCACCAAAAACUAAAGAGAAGCACAAGCGAAAGACUUCCCUCUUCAGCAACUGUAUGUGUUGUGCAACUGUGAUCAAUUAAGUACUGUAUAGAGUUUAUUUGUUUUGGUUGUGUUUGUCUUCUAAUUCGUGGUUGUGUGAGAUUGAAGUUUUGGUCAGAGAGAGACUACCAAUCGGUUAAUGUUCAAGAUGAACCUGAGAGGAUUGACUAUAACUAUGAUACUCUAUUGUUUGUAUUCUUUUAUGUCUACAAUGAUUCCAGACUUCCAUUGUGCUGCGAUACAAGUGAAUUACAGACAAUUUCUCCUUGCAAUUCUUUUAAGUCAUCGAAUUUCUUGGUUUUAUUGGAAAGAAUAAAACCUUUGGUGACUUCGCAGCUCUUGUUUGUACUUGUAAUAACAUGCGGAGUUUUCAGUUGUGAUCACCGGAGUGAAUGUGUCAUCAGGGGGUAUGCAACAUAAUUAAAUAAAUCUAACCCAAACAGAUUAGGUUCUCAUUCAUCCACUACAUACACAUUACAUAUAUACAUACAUAUAUAUACACACACACACACACACACAUGCAUCUUAUUCGGCAUACAAUAUAUGCCACACACCCUCAGAUGUUCACCCUAUAUUCCAGUUUUACAAAACUUCAAUUUAAAUUAAUUCUAGAUGCUACCCAAUGAAUCAAGAAAUAAGUUUUUAGUUAGCAUUUUAGCUUUCACCCUAACAAUGGGUUUGUAGGAAAGGUAAAACAUUGAAGAAAAAAAUAAUCCAGCUUGCCAUCCCAGCCACUCUUCAAUCACCAUAGCUACCAUGUUCAUACACGAACCAAUU